ACCACAACAGAGAAUCAAACGCAUCCAAACGUGGAAAUUAAAAUUUUACGAAUUUUCCCUCAUUUGACGUAAAGGAAGCGUGUCAGUAGAUUUGCGGUUUGCUGAAGAUAGUGUAGACAAGUCAGCAUCAUGGUAGUGUUUGCCUGCAAUGCUUGCGGUGAAAGCUUGAAGAAAAACCAGGUGGAAAAUCACUAUCUCAGGAAGUGUCGCAACUGUAAUGUUCUGUCAUGUCUAGACUGUGGCAAAGAUUUCGUGGGCAAUGACUAUGAGCAGCAUACAAAGUGUAUCAGUGAAGAGGAGAAAUACUCUGGCAAGAACUUUGUUCCAAAACCAGGCUCCAAUAAAAAUGAAAUUAAACAACAACAAUGGCUUCAGCAAGUGCAGGAAGCUGUUGACAAAUGUCGGACAAAUCCUAGAUUGAAGGCUGUGCUUAUCAGACUGAAAGAUCAGCCAAAUGUACCAAGAAAGAAAAACAAGUUUUUGGUAAGUUGUGCAGUAUAAGCUGUGAUACCUACCAGUAACAAAUACUUCUUUGU